AAACGACUGUCGUUUCUCCAAUUCUUUUUUUUUUUUUUUUUUUUUUUUUGCGCUAAUUUCUUUCUAACGUGUUAGGUUUCUUUUUUUUUUGGUUUUGGUUUGUUCUUUUUUUUUUGGUUUUGUUUUCCUGACGAUGAGUUUACCACCGAAAGUAGUCCCGAAGCCCGCCACCGUCGCCGCAAGCGGACCUGGAAGCGGCCCGUCUCCGUCGAGCCAACUGCGGGCUACCCUGACCUCCGUGUCGCUGCCGCCGGGAGCCCCAGCAGUCCCCCAGCCCGGAGCCGUACCGCCACCUCAGGCAAUCUACUGUCUACUGUACAAAAGUGCAUCUACAAUCGCCAGCACAAGAAUUCCUCGGGUUCAGCAGUCACUGGAUGACCGAAUCUUCUCCACGCAGACUGGGGUGGCUGCCGUCUACAGCCUCCCCAGGCACGCUGGCCCCCCUUACGCCCCUCACGACAUCACAAAGGGACACCCAAGCUUGGCGGGCACCCCGCCCGGGCAUGCCCACUCCCCGGCACUCUCUCAGGUAUCCGUACCCACGGCUUCCACGUAUCGAUUUCCUAAGGGCUGGGAGAUGGGCGGAGGGUCUCCGUACAACCCUGGGCAGAAUGCUGGCUCCACCUCUAUUGUGUACUCUCCUCAGACGCAGCCAAUGAAUGCACAGCCGCAGAGUCGCCCGGUGAGUGUCAUCCCCCCACCCCCUCGUGCCUCCAUCAACACCGGAAACUGCGACAGUCAGCAUUCCUCGAGCCCGGGGUUUGCGACGGGCCCCCGACCGACCCACCAUCAGGGAGGAUUCAGGCCCAUCCAGUUUUUCCAGAGAACUCAGAUGCAGACUGCGAGGCCCACCAUCCCCACGAACACGCCCACCAUACGGCCAGGCGCCCAGGCUCCCCCGGCGGCCGUCUACCCAACUAAUCAAGCAAUCAUGAUGACCGUGGCGCCCAUGCCGUUCCCGUCGCCGCAGGCUCCACAGUACUACAUCCCACAGUAUCGCCACAGCGCUGCUUACGUGGCGCCUCAGCAGUAUUCUGUUCAGCCCCCGGGAUCUGGCACCUUCUAUCCAGGACCUGGGGAAUACCCUUCCCCGUAUCAUCCCCUCAGGUACCACCCUCCCGUGUCACCUUCUGUCCCCGCCCCCGUUCCUACAGCCGGCCCGCCCUACUAUCCGGGGCAGACCGUGUACUCGGCUUCGCCGCCCAUCAUAGUGCCUACACCACAGCAACCUCCACCAGCCAAGCGCGAGAAGAAAACAUCCUCCCAGAUUCGUAUCCGCGACCCCACUCAGGGUGGAAGGGACAUCACUGAGGAGAUCAUGGCGGGGGGCUCGGGGAGCAGGAAUUCAACACCCCCUGUUGGCCCUCCUUCAUCCACUCCAACCCCCCCUCAGCAGCCACUCAGCAACAGGCAGACUCCGGAGCUGCAGUCGCCGUUGCAACCUGCCCAGCUCCAGCUCAGCACUUCUGGAAGCCUCACACCGGAGCCAUCGGCGCCCCCGCAGCAGCAACCGGUGACAACCGGGUCCCCAGACGCCAAACCGGGGCCAGAUGACACACCAAAAUUAGAGCCAUUUGUCCAAAAGUCUUCCUCACCUGGGCUCCUGCAGCUGGAAGCUCCCCUGGAGAGACUGGAAGCGAGCGCUCCUGAAUCAGAAACCUCUUCCACUGUUGAACCAGAGCUUGCCUUCCCUGCGUCACAGGCCGCCCUCGUUGCCCUCCCUCCCGCAGUUGUCGACAGCGGCGACCGGCCCUCCCCGACAGCUUCACUCUCCUCUGGCGGGGACCAUAAACAUUCUUCGGCGUCACCUUAUUUUCCCAACGCUGACAAGUCUAUCGACGACGUCCCCUCUCGGACUCUGACCGUCUCGCCGUCACCUGUUCCCAAGGCUGUGAACGGCGUCGCGGAUCCUGACGCCGAUGCGGACGCACCGGCCCGUGAGCCGUCUCUAACGUCCUCGUCUGGAGAGUCUCCUCUUGCUUCUCCCGCUUUCCAGGAGACCUCCUCUUCAGAAGCGCUACCGUCUGACGUCAGGCUGGAGGCGGCCGUUGCUGCCGAGCUGGCUCCCGUGGCGUCUUUGGCAGUAGCGCCAGUCCCCUUGACCUCCAGCCCCGUAACAGCUGUGCACGUUAAACUACCCCCUGGCCUUCCGGCUCUGGUAGAGGCCAUAGCGGAGACCGACGAGCCCAAGAAGCCCCUGGACGAAAAGGACCUGGUCCCCAAGGUGGGGAAAGAGGCACCCGGAGACGUGACUGAAGAUGAGCCCCAGCGUAGUUUAUGCACUAGGAAGAGCCCCACUACAGUCAAUCAGACUUCUUCUGUUUUACCAAAGACCUGGAGAAAACCAAAUGAAAUGAUCCACUCUGGAGAUGCACUUCUGAAAGAGAAUGAGGACGAGCCUCGGCCAAUAGAAGCAGUCCCUGUGGAUCCGGCGCUACCGUCGGCUCCGCCCGGGGGCUCUACGACCCCGCCGUCGACCUUUCACCCUGUCGACGCCGCAGCUCCAGCCGGCAGCCCCGUGGCCAACAGGAAGACGGCCGCCUUGGAGGAGAACGGCGAUACCGAGCCGGAGCCUUUGAGGAACGGGGCGUGCCACGCCUCUGAGACGGAGAGCAGCGACAGCGGGACGUCGCCUGGGGACAAAGACAACUGCAACUCCACCAGGGCAUUGCAGGACGUAGAAGACCUGUCCGAUCCCAGCAAGAAGCGGCAGUACGACAGGGGCUUCUUGUUGCGUUUCCAGUUCAUGCCCGCCUGCAUCCAGAAACCUGAGGGCCUCCCGCCAAUCAGCGAUGUGGUGCUCGACAAGAUGAACCAAAACAAGUUGCCUUCUCGAGCCGUGGAUCCCAGGGUGAUUUCCAGGGGACCCGAUUUCACACCUGCCUUUGCGGACUUUGGCAGACAGAUGAGCAGUGCACGAGGCUCUAUGCUAAUGAACAUGGGCACACGGCGGCCUCCUCCUAGGAAGAUCAUCAUGAGCGUGCCAGUGAACGACGAAGUGAAAUUGCAGAAGGCGGAGAACGCCUGGAAGCCGGGUUCCAAGCGGGAGUGUGUGGUCGAGGACCCCGAGACGCUGAGGACGCAGGAGCUUUUCAGGAAAGUGCGGAGCAUCCUGAACAAGCUGACACCUCAGAAGUUCAGUCAACUGAUGAAGCAGGUGACAGACCUGACCAUCGACACGGAGGAGCGGCUCAAGGGGGUGAUCGACCUCGUCUUCGAGAAGGCCAUCGACGAGCCCAGCUUUUCCGUCGCCUACGGGCACAUGUGCCAGUGCCUCGCUGAGCUCAAAGUGCAAAUAGCAGAUAAGCCCAACAACACAGUCAACUUCCGCAAACUGCUGCUCCACCGCUGCCAGAAGGAGUUCGAGAAGGACAAAGUGGACGACGUGGUGUUUGAGAAGAAGCAGAAAGAGCUGGACUCUGCUGAUUCAUCCACGGAACGCGAGCGGCUUCAGGAAGAGCUAGAGGAGGCCAAGGACAAGGCGCGGCGACGAUCCAUCGGCAACAUAAAAUUCAUCGGGGAGCUCUUCAAGCUGAAGAUGCUGACGGAGGCCAUCAUGCACGACUGCGUUGUCAAGCUGCUGAAGAACCACGACGAAGAGUCUCUUGAGUGCCUGUGCAGGCUUCUCACCACCAUCGGCAAGGACCUCGACUUUCAGAAAGCCAAGCCUCGAAUGGAUCAGUAUUUCCAUCAGAUGGAAAAAAUUGUGAAGGAGAGGAAGACCUCGUCUCGGAUACGCUUUAUGUUGCAGGACGUCAUUGACCUAAGAUUGCACUUCUGGGUGUCGAGAAGAGCCGACCAGGGGCCCAAAACUAUCGAGCAGAUCCACAAGGAGGCCAAAAUUGAAGAGCAGGAAGAGCAGCGAAAAGUGCACCAGCAGCUGCUCUCCAAGGAAAACAAGAGACGAGAUAUGCGAGAGCAGAGAGAGCCACGCAUGCCCAGAGAAGAGACCUGGACUACUGUGCCCAUGACCAAGAACAGCAGAACCAUAGACCCCAAUAAGAUCCCAAAGAUCUCAAAGCCUCAGAUGGACGAGAAGAUCCAGCUUGGCCCGCGGGCUCAAGUCACGUGGGUGAAGGGCAGCAGUGGUGGAGCCAAGGCCAGCGACUCAGAUCUAUCACGGGGCGGGAGCAGCCUGAACCACUACUCGGCUUUGCAGUCGACACCCUCAUCUCAACAGGCCUCAUUGACUCCUCCACAAAAUGCGGACUUGGACUCUAGGAGGACUCCCGGAAGCACUCGUAGCAGCACAGUCCGGGAGCGUAGUGAGAAACCACAGGUCCACACGACGCCAUCGCUGUCGUCGUCGCAGAGGCCCGCUUCUUUCAACAGGGGUGACAGUUGUAAGGAUGUGCGAGACAGCCAAGCCCUGGAGGAGCCGCGGAAAGAACGGGAGAGCGAAGUAGCUCAGCCCCCCAGCAGACCGAGCGUCACAGAGGACAAGCCGGGACGAGAACCGGAGCGCAGCAGGACGAGAGAGCCUGUUAAAACGGAGCCAGUGGCACCAACGCCAGAGAGGAUGGUCCUGUCUGAGGAGGACACGGAGAGGAAGUCCAAGUCCAUCAUAGAUGAGUUCCUCCACAUUAACGAUUAUAAGGAGGCUGUCCUAUGUGUGGGCGAGCUGGGGCUGGCCUCCGGGCUGCACAUCUUCGUGCGUGUCGGCGCGGAGUCGACGCUGGAGCGCAGUCAGAUCACACGGGACCACAUGGGCCUGCUCUUCUUCCAGCUGGUCCAGCAGGAAGUCCUGCCAAAAGACCAGUUUUACAAAGGGUUUCAGGACAUCCUGGAGCAAGCAGAUGACAUGGCCAUCGACAUUCCUCAUAUCUGGCUGUACCUGGCCCAGCUGCUAAGCCCCGUGCUUAAGGACGGCGGCUUCUCUAUGAGGGAGCUAUUCGGUGAAUUAAGCAAACCUUUGCUCGCUGUGGGAAGAGCAGGAAUUCUAAUAUCUGAAAUACUACACAUACUAUGCAAGCAAAUGAGCCAUAGAGCUGUGGGUUCUAUGUGGAGGGAAGCAGGCCUCAGCUGGUCUGACUUCCUGCCAGAAGGAAAGGAUGUCCACACCUUUAUUUCACAACAGAAGCUGGAGUUUAUCCUGUCAGACGCUACGGACCCCAGAGUAGGUCAGUCGAAAAAGACCCUGUCCCCCGAGGAGCUGAGCCAGCAGUUGGAGAAGCUCCUGCUGGAGGACAUGGCCAGCGACGAACAAAUCUUUGACUGGGUGGAGGCAAACCUGGAUGAACCUCAGAUGAGCUCGUCGCCCUUCCUGAGGGCGUUGAUGACGGCUGUGUGCAAGGCGGCGGUGAAAGAUAUUGGCAGCAACAGUCGAGUAGACACGGCCAUCAUCCAGAAGAGACUGCCUGUAUUACUCAAGUACCUUAACUUAGACACUGAGCGACAGCUGCAAGCACUUUAUGCACUUCAGAAGCUGAUAGUCUCCCUCGAUCAGCCUCCCAACCUCCUGCGCAUGUUCUUCGACUGCCUCUACGACGAGGACGUCAUCUCGGAGGAGGCGUUCAACAAAUGGGAGACCAGCAAAGACCCCGCGGAGCAGGAGGGCAAAGACGUGGCCCUCGAGUCGGUGACCCCCUUUUUCACGUGGCUGAGGGAGGCCGAGGAGGAGUCCGAGGACAAUUGAGACCCUCGUGGCCUCACUCGACAAAAUGUUGAACACGAGCGACCCGUUGACGUUCGCUGGAAUUCCUCCUCCUGCGGUACAGUUCGGAAUCAUGCCGCCAUUUUCAGUUUGGAUUCCAAUGGCAGAAGCACUAAAUCCAUGUAUUAUACAUAGAAAAUAUUUUUGUUUUAAAUUUUAACUUGACUUUUUUGUUACUUUUUCAGAAGAGACUUAAAAAAAAAGCAUAGGUUCUGGACUCUUUAAUUUAUUAUUUUUUUAAGGACUGCAAAUAAGGAAGCAAGAACCCAAUAAAUAAUGUAAUUAAAAAGUAAUGAUAACAAAACAAUAAUUUUGACAAAAGAAUAGAACGGCCCAUCUGGAUACUACACUGUUUAGAACAGGGUAGCACAAAAUUGUUUUGGGGGUGAAAGGGAAGCGAGUUUUGUGGUCAAAAUAAUUCAAAAAGUCUCCCUCGCCCUCUGCUUUUGUUGCUCGUGUCAGUGUGUCGCGUUCAAGGAGCGACGGAAAACUGACGACCGCUGACAAAAACAAGGUGGAUGCAGAAACGGCAAAAAGGACUUGAUAGAGCAAGGAAAGGUACUCGUGACAAAAAAUGCUUGUAAUACUUCAAGCCCUACACAGCCCAUUGAAAGCUUGUAAAUACAUUAAAAAUGGAGAAAAAGUAUUUGAAACCCUU